UGUUUAUUCAGCUAUCCAUAGCGAGCCAGCGAUCAUAGCGAGCCAGCGCUUCAUGAACAACGGGACCAAAACGGCCCAGUACAAGGCCGAGCUGAGCCAAUCAGUUUCCAAUACUAUUAGCAACAGCUGGGACCUAAAACACACCAUCCAUGUUGGGCAGGAUAUCUCGGCGGAAUUCGUCAUUCCCGUUGGGAAGAUCGGUGGAAAAACGACACUAUCUUACAACCACCAAUGGGGCAAGAGCGGCGGCGACUCUCACACAGUGACUGUAGCGGCGAGCUCGGGCGUAACAGUCUCAGUGGAGCCUGGCGGCACAGCCGAAGCCAUCAUGACAGCAUCCCAAGGCACCAUGGAGAUAGAACUCGUAUACGAAGCUUCAUUGUACGGCGACGUCGCUCUGAACUACGACGGGGGCUGGAACGGACACUAUUUCUGGAGAUACGAUGUCAACGCUGUCAUGGAGGCGGGCGGUCUUCCCCGCACUUUGCAAGUUACGGAGAUACUUAAAGUCGGUUUUUACACCGACGUGGAGAUUGUGUUGCAAGAGAAGACUGGUAAGAAGCGUGUGCUUAUGGCGGAUAUAACGUUUUGA